AUUCAUUUGUGUUUGUCAAGUUGUGGUAUUAUUAACUUGCAUGUCAAUCUAGCUUAAUGCUUUUUCAUAUUUGCUAAUAACCAGUAUUUACCACUUUGAGUUUCAAAACGGUGCAUUCUUCUCAAUUAGAGUCUCCACUAAGCCAAACAAGACAUCUGAUUUUGUAAUAUAUAUUGUGCUCAAACCAUCCACCUUUGUUUGUCACAAAAACAAACACAGAAGAGUUUCACACAAUAACCAAGAGGAUUUUUUCCCCCAUUGACCCAACAUAACCACUCCUUAAUUUCAUGUUUUCUGUUGAGGCUUUCAUGGUUUCAGGUGAACUGAGUCAUGACAUUACAAGUGGUAAGUUAUAAGCAGGGCUGCUGUAGAUGGAAGCCCUGGAAUUGGAAAACCACCCGUAUUCACUCCCUCAGUGUUACCUGCAAAGAUGCAGCAGCUAUGGGCUUGUGCUGCUUUCUUCCUGCUGUGUUUGGUCUCUUCUAGUGCUGUGUCAAAAACUAAACAGGAAAACACAAAGGGAGAUUCAAAGGAUGCUGGCCAGAGUGACCUAAGCUUGGCAACAGAAUACCUUGAGCAAUUCUACGACCUGGAAGAUGAAUCAGCUGGUCGCCCCAAGAGGAGCAGUGACUCCAUCCGAUCGAAGCUGAAAGAAAUGCAAAGGUUUUUCAGACUCAAUGAGACAGGGAGUUUAGACAAUGAAACCAUUGAAGUGAUGAAGACACCUCGCUGUGGGAUUCCUGACGUGCACAACUACAGCCCAAACGGUCAACAAGCCAAGUGGCACAAGAACGUCAUCUCUUACAGCAUUGGAAGCUAUACACGUGACUUGCCUGCCUCAGCGGUGGAUCAUCUUAUCGACUCUGCACUGAAAGUUUGGAGUUCUGCGAGUCCGCUGUCGUUUGUCAGGUCAUAUUCUCAGAAUGCAGACAUUAGGGUUCAGUUCAGCACCUACGCUCACGGAGACUUCUUUCCCUUCGAUGGGCCGGGGGGUACUCUGGCUCAUGCCUAUGGUCCUGGGGAAGGAAUCGGAGGGGAUGCUCACUUUGACGAUGACGAAACCUGGUCAGCUGGGUUCCAAGGAUUCAACCUUUACCUUGUCGCAGCGCAUGAGUUUGGUCAUGCUCUGGGAUUAAGUCAUUCGCGAUACAAAGAAUCUCUGAUGUACCCAACAUAUAGAAAACGCAACACAGCAGGAAAUAUCCUCUCCAGUGAAGAUGUUGCUAAAAUACAAGCUUUGUACGGACCUAGAAGAAAUCUACUAUACGAUUUCUCAGGAUAUGGCAUGACGUCAUUAUUUUAUCCCUGGAGGCUGAAAUUUGAUGUUCCACAAACGAGGAAGGAAAAAUGUGACCCUGAUCUGUCUUUUGAUGCCGUGACUACACUGGGGCGGGAUGUACUACUUUUGAAAGACAGGUACCUAUGGAUUAGACACGGACAGCUUCCUGAUAUAAAAGAAGGACCCAUCAAUAACUUCAUGCCAAGAAUGUAUUCAGACAUCGAUGCUGCAUACUCACUACCCAGGAGAAAGUUUGCUUAUCUUUUUAAAGGAUCUAAGUAUUGGACUGUCAAAGGUCCUGAAAUGAAAGGGGGCCCCAAGUCCAUCUACAAACUGGGAUUCCCACAUCAAGUGAAGCAAAUAGACGCUGCUGUUCAUAUAAAUGAAACAGGGAAUACUUUAUUCUUCAUCAGAGACUUGUACUGGAGUUACAAUGAAACUGCCAGAGCCAUGGAGGAGUUUUAUCCCCGAAACAUCACUGAUGACUUUCCAGGGAUAAGCACCAAAACAGAUGCGGCUGUGGAGAAAAAUGGAUUCCUUUAUUUCUUCUCUGGAUCAGAAGUGUACAAGUAUGACUACAAGCAGAAGAAAGUGUCUGGAACUGAGAAGGCAAAUACUUGGCUGGGAUGCUGAGACAAGAAGAUUUAAAGUAGUUAUAUGAGAGAAGCUUUUUAUAGGGCUUUCAGAUUGUACAUUAAGAAUUGUAUAGCUGUACACUAGACAUCAGGUACAAAUACAAUAUAUUUGCUGCUUUUAGAGAGUUACAUCUAUAUGUUUUUAUACCUAUACUAGAAUCCAUACCUUCACUUCCAGCAGUCUGCUGAACUUUCAUAUAUCACUGUAUAUCUAAAUAAUUCCAGGAGUUUAAUUGUGUUUAUUCCUUAAGAAAUGCAGACAAUAUUAAAUAUUUUAAAAUACCAACCAUGAGAAGUGUAUUGGCAGGGAAUCUUUGGUUUUUGCUGCCCCUCUGACAGAACUCAGGUCCACAGUGUCACUUUUUCAUGGUAAGAGAUUGCACAGAACUCAGGUCCACAGUGUCACUUUCUCAUGAUAAGAGAUUGCACAGAACUCAGAUCCACAGUGUCACUUUCUCAUGGUAAGAGAUUGCACAGAACUCAGAUCCACAGUGUCACUUUCUCAUGGUAAGAGAUUGCACAGAAUUUAGAUCUACAGUGUCACUUUCUCAUGGUAAGAGAUUGCACAGAACUCAGAUCCACAGUGUCACUUUCUCAUGGUAAGAGAUUGCACAGAACUCAGAUCCACAGUGUCACUUUCUCAUGAUAAGAGAUUGCACAGAACUCAGAUCCACAGUGUCACUUUCUCAUGAUAAGAGAUUGCACAGAACUCAGAUCCACAGUGUCACUUUCUCAUGGUAAGAGAUUGCACAGAACUCAGAUCCACAGUGUCACUUUCUCAUGGUAAGAGAUUACUGUUUGAUCAUUUGAAGCAGCCUUGCGAUUGCAUGUGAUGUGAAAUGAAUACAAUGACACAUGGAUUGUGAAGCUGUGUGCAUACUGUAUGUUACUGUAACUGGCUCCUGCCUGCCUCCAUCCUGCGACUCCUUUGUAAACAAGCUGAUUGGAGCUCAUGUGACUUUUCCAGCAAACACAUUUUAAAAUAAAUAAAUAAAUUGAUAAAGAACGACUCACACUCUUCACUAAAAGAAAACAAUCCGAUGCACUUAAAAGUUUAUUAUUUCAUUUUUGAUUAAAAAAAUAUUUUAUAUCCACCCGGAUUGUGCAGACACGUUUCAGCAAACUGCCUUCCUCAGUAUAAGGAAUCUCAGAACACAGCAUCACAUAUAUGGUUUCCACUUCAUUAACAAUUAACAGUUAAGAGAUCAGUUCACCUGUAUCCAGUGAUUUAAAACACAUGGUGUACAUUGCAAAACACUCAAGAAAUAAUUAAACAAUUAAAAACAAUUAGCAUCAAUUCAAAAAAGUAUCAGUUCAAAAAAAGUGUCAGUUCAAAAAAGAAUAAAUUCAAAAAAGUUACAUGAAGCUGGGGUGUCAGAGAACAUGCUACUGGAGGGCUUCCACUGUGAUAACCUUAUCCAACCUCCAAUCUGUGUGAAUGGAAACACAGUUAUUACUUCAUCAAGGCACAGCACCAGAGCAUGUUCUCCUAAUCCGCGUGUGUGUAGCCACCGGUGUAGCACUAUCCCGGAAUACAGUCGAUGCUGAUUUUAGGGUUGAUGUCAGCUCAAAGCCCACAUGAAUCAUCUGCUAAGAAUCCUGCCGACAUGCUCAUCUCUAUAAAGCCAAAGGGGGAAUCACAUUAUUGAAUCUAGAUAUUAUCUUCAAGUAUUGCUCAUCCUUGUUAGACAGGUCUUCCAGUCCUGGGUUUGUCAAUUACACAUGAUGUUUCUCUGUACUUGUUGAUUAUGCUACCUUGAAAAUCGAGUGUUGCGAGCUAUUUCACUCAAUGUUUUUCCUUAUGCAAGUCAAGGUUGUUAUUACUGUAGAAAACACUAGUGGAGGUACCUGUGAGACGUGAACAUCCCUUUUUAUUACAGUAUUGUAAAUGUUUAUAUGAUGGUACUUGCUUUCUCAGUGUGGCACCAGAAAGGAUGCCUCAAUAUUCACUGUUCUAUUAAAAUCUGACCUCCAAAUGUUUAUCAGCAUUUUAAGAUGAAUUGUAAAAAAUAUAGUCCUUUCUGUAAAUAGGAAUAAAACAUU